CUCAUGCGAUCCUCCAUUUGGACGUACUCUGCUAGGAGAUGGACUAGCUUCCUCUAUUGCAAACCUUGUCAGCUUGGUCGCUGCCGUUACGUGAUCUUGUGUGCUUCGUACGUGCUGUGCUAGCUUCUAGUGUUGCCAUGGCUGCGUUUCUUGCGUUGGGUGCAAUGUGGUGUGCGUGUUAUUGAUCGGGAGUGCUGCGCGUGUUGAUGAUUUGAUGCUGAGGGUGCGUGCGAUGGAGCAACGGCAGGAGGAGCGGAUCAGGGGCGCGUCGCCGUGCGGGCGGCGGGCGCGGGCGGAGACGCGGCACCCGGUGUACCGCGGGGUGCGGCUGCGGGCGGGCAAGUGGGUGUCGGAGAUCCGCGAACUGCGGAAGCCCAGCAGGAUAUGGCUCGGCACGUACGCAACGCCCGAGAUGGCCGCCGCGGCGUACGACGCGGCCGCAUUGGCGCUGCGGGGGUCCGGCGCGGCGCUCAACUUCCCCGACGCCGCGCUGUCGCGCCCGGCACCCGCGUCGUUGUCCUCGGACGACGUCCGAGCCGCCGCGGUGGCGGCGGCGAUGGACGCUGGCCGUAGAAGCUGCGAUCGGCACGGGCUACAUGGAAAUGGCGGCGCGGACGAGAGGCGCGACGACAUGGGAGUGGACCUGGACGGCGUCGUGGACGAGGACGACGUGUUCGAGAUGCCGCGGCUGAUGGCGAGCAUGGCGGAGGGGCUGAUGAUGAGCCCCCCGGUGCUGGGCCCAGCAGCGGCGGCGGACGGCGAGGCGUCGCUGGAGGACGAGGGCGGCGUGAGCUUGUGGGAUCUCUCUUGAUGCGCUGGCCAGUGACAGUGCCGUAGUGGAAGAGGGUGGUGUGAGACGAGGACGCGCGCCACGACCUUGUGCUUGCAAACGGGAGCGUGCGUGUGGGAUCACACCUGAUGGGAACGGAGGAAUACAUGUGCUGGGGGACUUGUACGCUCCGUGAUAUGUUUGUACGCAGGCAUUAAAAUUUCGUCUAGAACAAAAAUAUCUAAUUCUGAAAAAAUUACUGAUAUAUGGAACUUAUAUAACAGGGGAUCCAAAAUAAUUAAAAUAUUAAAAUGAAUGAAAACAAUUGUAAAACAAAUUUAAAAUCCCUGCUUGUACGUACGUAACAUGGAUGUGAAAUGGACGAUGCAGACACGACGGAUACAGACAUGUAUCGAGUUUGAGCUAGCCACGUACUCCUCCUAU